AUGGCUGAUGAAAUUGCUCUUGCGCGUGAACGCCUCGCCGCCAAGUUUGGCGACGUGCGCACCGGUGGCAAAGGAUCCGUGCGACGAAAGCACAAGGCUGCCCACAAGGUCCAACCGGGCGACGACAAGAAGUUGAACGCGGCGUUGAAGAAGUUGGGUGUGACUCCCAUCCCAGGUGUCGAAGAAGUGAACCUGUUCAAGGCGGACGGCCAAGUCCUCCACUUUGUCCAGCCAAAGGUGCAAGCGUCGAUCGCGUCCAACACGUUCGCCGUCUCCGGCCCGGCUUCCACCAAAUCGUUGCAGGAAUUGCUCCCUGGCAUCAUCAGCCAACUCGGCCCGGACAACCUUGCUAACUUGAAGCAAAUCGCUGAAACGUACACGGCCAUGCAACGCAACGCCCAAGGCCACGCCGCUUUGGACGACGAAGACGACGACGACGUCCCUGACCUUGUUGAAAACUUCGAAGACGUGAGCGAGCAAGACUAA